AUGGCGCAGUGUGACUUCAGGAAGGGAAGAGUGCCCGCCGGCUCCAGAAGGGGCUGUGGCUCCUCCACUGCCCUUUCCCCGCUGCCCUCAGCCCCGCCUUCCCUUGCUGGUGCCCCUGCCAGCCCUUACCGCCCCUGGGGUCCCCCUGCCUCCUCUCCCUACUGCUUCCCAUCACCCAUCCUGGAGGCAGAGAUGUGGUCCUGGUCUCGGGUCCCCACCGGCUCCCACCUGCGGGCCUCAGGCCGGGUGCCCCCUUGCUUUCAGGGGAGGAGUCAGCAGGGCGUGAAGAGGAGGGAAGGCUGGCCUCUGACCUGGACUUUGAAGGACAGUAGGAUUUGCCAUGAGGGCAGAGGCCCACUUGCAAGUCUAAGGAGGGGCUUUGCCACGGGCAGUGGAGGCUGGGCGCUGUGCAGCGGGUGGCCAGGAUGUGACAUCGGGGUAGUUUCAAGGUGUCAGCCAACAGCUUGGGAGAGAGGCAACGUGGCCAGAGCAGCGAGUUCGAGCGGCCCAGGCCUGGAUGGGACAAGGCCAGGGGAAAGCGGGCGGUCGAGGACAUGCUGGGUUUCCCAGCCCUGGCACAGUCACCCACAGACCAAACAGGCCUGCCAUGCUGGCUCAUCCGGAACGUGGCCUCAGGCCCUUGCAGAAACCCCAUGUGGCGUGAGGCCUGCCCGGAGACCGGCCGCCCCUUACCCGCCUGGGCCACAGACUUUUCGGCUCGCCCAUCUCACGGACAAGCAGACGUUAGAGAGGAUUGAGCCGUGGCCACCAUCCAUGGGCAGACUAGCUGACUUUUUAGAGCUUGUUUCUUUUGAACAUCGGAGGAUCCCUGCUUUGCCCGGCGUUCUGGGUGAGAUCAGCCGGGAGCUGGAGUUGGAGGUGCCGACAGACUCUGCUACGUGCCCUCUGAACGGCUUCGGCCAUAAGAGCGAAGGUCACACACUUACCUCAUAGCGGCGGAGAUAAUUCAUAGACCGAGGACUGAGCAGGGGAAUCCAACUUUCCGUUGGUCUUUUGGGAGCGCGCACUGUCCAGUGAGAGGUUCGACGCCUCUCACCUCCAGGGAUGUCGGCGUGUGGCGUUUCUUAAGGCCGGAGAACUUACAAACUCACAGCUGGCCGGUGCCUUGUCCUUCCUCUGGGUUCACCCUUACUGAGCACUUAGCAACUUAGGGAAGGCGGGUCACGAGAGGGGACGGGUCGUAAGUCUCUGACUGUCCACCUGUGUGUUUAGAAGCGUUUUGCCCCUUCUCUCCGGAGUGAUCCCGGGGGGU